AUGAAACUCUCUUCUUCAAAAACACUGGCUUUGGUGCUUAUACUAAAUUCCUCUGCAAAUGCAGCUCCAUCGCCCCACCCUGCAGCGGCUUAUUCGACCCCCCGCUUUUUGGAUUAUCUCCCAUCAUCGCUUCGUCUGCUCUUUGAGUCGCCAGAUUCCUUUCUUUCUCCUCAGGAUUAUGGUUAUGAUUUUGCUGGUGAUUCUUCAUCUUCCUCUUCAUCUUCAUCCGUUGGACCCUUUUCUUCCAGUAAUCAUCACACAGUCUGUCCUAUCGAUACACCUGUAUCGUGUACACUGCCUGAUGAUCCUACUGGCGAUACCUGCUGUUACGAAAAUAACGGACUUUUCCUUGUGACACAAUUUUGGGAUUACAAUCCUGCCACUGGACCUGCUGACUUGUUCACCACCCACGGGUUGUGGUCCAACAAGUGCGGCGGUGGCUACGAACAAUUUUGCAACAAGAAUAUUGCAAUUUCUAAUGCAACUGAAGUUCUCCUAAGCCUCGGUAAAGAACACUUGCUUCAGCGCAUGAGCUAUUCAUGGAAGGAUAUUUCAGGACGAGACGCGGAUCUCUGGGAACAUGAGUUUAACAAGCAUGCAACAUGCAUGGAUACUAUAAAUCCAGACAAGUGUUACGACUCAGAUGCACCCAAGUGGCAAUAUGUGGGAGACUUUUUCGAAACUGUUGUUGAUUUCCAGGCCUCUCUCCCAACAUAUAAGUUUUUACAAAAAAGUGGAAUUGUUCCAUCUACUGAAAAACAAUAUGCUCUUUCUGACAUUUUAGAAGCUCUGCGCAAACAUGGCCGUGGAACUUACCCCCGUCUGGGGUGCACUCGUAGUGGUGCUCUCCAAGAAGUUUGGUAUUAUUUCCAUCUUAAGGGGUCUGUUGUCCAUGGACAUUAUAUCCCUGUCAAUACCACUGUUGCUCACUCGUGCCCUGAUCAAGUCUGGUACUACCCCAAGGGCUCGGGUAAUACUACUCCUGGUAAUGGAGGUGGUGGUUCUGGAGAUCCCAAUAGCGGAUACCUUAAACUUUCUGGACAGCCUGGGUGCUUGAUUUCUACUGGUAAAUGGUUCACGUCGGGCACGUGUGCCACAUUCCAUAAGAAACCCGCAGCUUUUGGUGGCAUCACUCUGACCUCUUCUAAGGGUAACUGUGAUGUUGUGAAUGGCGUGUUUUCUUGUGCACGCUCGAACUCUCUCGGGCAGUUUACCGAGGACAGUGAUGGCAACAUUGUUUAUGGUGGCAUAUCAGGUUGGAGUGCCCCUAAUGUCCCUGCUUCCAAUGAGCAAGUCUCAAUUGUGAGUGGGUCUGAUGCAACCAUUUCUUUUCAACUUCAGCUGGUCUUCAAGUAA